CGCGAUGCCGAGCCCUUGGUUGCUGCUCGCCAUUGCUUUGACCCUGACUCUGACCAGUGUCUCCGGCGACCGCACACAGCCCGAGGUGGCCCAGCAGGAGGCGGCGAUGGCCGCCGAGCACCCGGGCCUGGACGACCUCCUGCGCCAGGCGGAGCGCCUACUCCUCCUCCGGGAGGAGCUCCAGCGGCUGCGAGGGGACCAGCGCGAGCGCGCGUCAGGUGAGGGGCGGGCUUCCCAGAUCUUUCAACCUGACUGGCUCUCCAAGCGUCAGCAUCCAGGCAAAAGGGAGGAGGAGACAGAGGAGGGAGCUGAAGAGGAGGAGGAAGAAGGAGGGGCUGUGGGACCCCACAAGCGGCAGCACCCCGGCCGGCGGGAGGAUGCGGCUGCCUGGUCAGCUGAUGUAACCCAGCAGAAGCGGCAGCACCCUGGCCGGCGCUCCUCCUGGCUUGGGUACACUUUCACCAAGAGACAGCACCCGGGCAGACGGCUGGUGGAUCCCCAGGCCCAAAGGAGUUGGGAAGAGGAGGAGGAAGAAGGGGAGGAGGGAGAGCUGAUGCCUGAGAAACGCCAGCAUCCGGGCAAGAGGGCCCUGGCAGGCCCAUGUGGGCCCCGGCCAGCCUGUGGUCAAGCCCGCCUCCUGCUGGGGCUCCUGGAUGACCUGAGCAGGGGCCAGGGGGCCGAGGAGAAGCGGCAGCACCCCGGGCGGCGGGCGGCCUGGGCCAGGGAGCCCCUGGAGGAGUGAGCCCGGUUUCCUGUAAAGUCGAGUUUGGGGUCUAAGGAUAUCUUGAGCCCUCUGUGCCCUAUCCCUUUGUGACCCUCCUCUUUCCCUCCUCCUUAGAUCCCUGACCAUAAACCUGAGCCCCUUGUAUACACACAUGCAUAUUACUCCACCUUGCACCGCUGGCAAGGGAGCAGAUCCCAGAGUCUCUCUCCUGUCACCCCCGCAGGCCUGCUCCCCUUCCUUAGCCAUGGCUACAAGGACCCUUCUGUGUCUUCUAAGGAAUCUCCAGAGAGGGGGCUGGGGGCUUCUGGGGCCAGCAGCCAGUGAGGGUGGAGUGGGAUUGCAGCUGUGAUGGCCGAGUCCUGCUUCCAUCCCCUGCCCCGUGUGUCAGGAUUCACCCUCA